GACGCUGUCACUUUGACGACCUGUAAUCGGAGGCGGCGAGUUCCAUCUAGUGGGCGCUGCGCGAAAUGUUGACAGUGUACUUCGAAACGUCAAACAAAGCGGUUUCCAAGUUUAUUGGUGUAAUAUACGGCGAGAUAUAAACGAUUUCAAUGGAAACGGCAGAAAGUUGUGCUAAUUCUUCGCCAUCAACAGAUGAGGUCAAAACCGAACAGGUUACGUUCGAAAGCAGUCCCACCGCCGAUGUUCAGGCAGAACCCAUAGAUCUGACGUUUUCCAGACAAUAUUGCCGACCUACGCAAAAUGACGACAGGCAUUUGGUUUGUCGCCCCGCAUCGUCUAAAAUCGUUGGACCAAUUAGAACCAACGAUACGCGCGCGAUUCAGCACGACGUUCUCAGGACGGCCAAGUCGACGUUCUCGAAACGUACGCGCACUCUCUAUCGCUGGAUGUAUCCGAGCGCGCCGGAAUCGCAAAUCAAACAGGUAGUGGCGGGGAUGUGGGACCACUUGUCCCCCCAGGAAAGGGGAGUCUACGUCGCCCAAGUUACGGGAAAAUACAAUCAAUAUCCGGAAACUCUUAUGGUGAAUCCGCAGCUGGGCCACUUGCGGGAGUUGCCGCCUCCGCAGGCGGUGCGGCAGUUUUCCGGAAAAGCCCGCGAGCUGCAAAACGCCAUAUCGAGCAUCAGCGACCCCGACAAAACGGCACAUUGCCGCGUUUCUCCGUUUAAGAUGACCAGGCAGCGGAAUUUGCGAAAAAGGGGCGGGGCGAACGCGAGACUGAGCGACGCGAUCCUCGAUUUCACCAGGGGCUUUGAGAACGACCCCGAGCUAAGCGAGCAACUAGCUCGGUUCGCUUUAGUUAUUAAAAAUAAGAUUUGAUUAAGUGGU